AACCUUUGCCAAAACCCUCUCCACUGGAUUGCUCCUUCCUGCCGACGCUCUUCUCCGACAAAAUCAAAUUAUUAGUUGUGGUUUUCUCUCUCGGUCCUCUGCCUCUGUUUCGGAGUCGCCGCUUCUUUCCUAUUAUACUCAGAGUUUGUUAUCUUUGAUUUCUCAUGGGAAAGGAGAAGCUGAAAUCGCUAGUUACGUCAUUUACUGCGGACGGUGAAUACCUCGCCAUAUUGUCUCCAGAUGGAACCGUUAGAGUUUGGAACACAAGUAGUGGGAGCCUAUUUGCUCAGUGGAAACCGGAGAAUUCUGGAGACAGUUUCUCUUACAUGGCUUGUGGUUUUGUUGGAAAGAAGCGCAGAAAAGAACAACGUUUAUUAAUAGCCCUCGGCGCAGAUGAUGGAACUGUUUUAGCAGUUGAUAUUUCCGCUGAAUUAAUAAGGUGGAGAAAAGAUGGAGCCCUUUCUAGUGGAGCUGCUGGUCUGUUUUUUGUGGACAAAGGCCGUAAGAUUCAUGCUGUUGCUGCGAAUGGUUUAGUAUUUGAGAUGAACUCCGACACUGGAGAAGUCAUCAAAGAGUUCAAAGUGUCAAAGAAGCCCUUUUCCUCAGUGGCUCAUUCAACUGACGAGAAAAUUAUAGCUGCAGCCAGUGAUAAGUUGCGAUUUCUAAGUUUAGAAAGUGGGAAAGAGUUGCUGAAGUUUUCUCCUGACUCAGCUGCUGCACAACGUUUAUGGCUAUCUGAUGAUGCCCAAUUUGCUGUUACUGCUGGGCUCGGCGAGAAGCAACUUCAAGUGUGGAAACUUGAUUUUGGUGAUAGGGCUGCUGAUUAUGGGCAGGUUCUUUCCAUGAAACAUCCUCCUAUAAUUGUUGAAUGCAGGAAGAAUUGCAAGGGAGAAGACGGUAUGGUUGUCCUUGCAAUAUCAGAGAAGGGUGUUUGUUAUGUUUGGAAUUUUGAGUCUGUCGCUGCUGAAGUUGCAAAGCCAAUUAAGAUCACUGUGAAGGCUAGCAAAGGGGAAACAGAAAAGAAAACUGGAAGAGCUAAGAAGAACCUUGCACCCAUAAUUGCUGCCAGAUUGCAUGCUUUGGACAGAGAUGCACAUUUGAGAGCCUUGAUUGCAUAUGGCUCUGUGGAAUCCCCAGAGUUCACAUCAGUAGACAUUUCAAGUCCAGGGGAGGAUAUCGUCAUAGCAGCAGUAGACCAGACCGAGAAAGUGCUUGCUGCAGUUCAAGAAAAUGGUCAUGCCAGAAAAGGUGCAGAUAUGCAAAAGGAAGGUGCUAAAUUAAUCCAGAAAAGCAAAGUGACGAAUAAACGACCAGCAUCUGAUCUGGAUGCCACUCCACCAGUGACAAUCACAGAUGAUGGUAAUGGUGAACCUAUAGAUGGAGUUCAGAUUGAUGAUCUAAACGAGCCAACCAUGGGUGAGAAACUCGCAAGGCUCCAUUUGGCAGACAACAAUGAAGAUAAAAGCAAUGAGGAUCUAGAAUCUCCUCAAACAAAGCCGCCAAGUGCUGAUUCAGUUCAUGUUCUGCUCAAGCAAGCCCUUAAUGCUGAUGAUCGAGCACUUUUGAUAGAUUGCUUAUACAGACAAGAUGAGAAGGUCAUUGCAAAUUCAGUAUCUCUUUUAAAUCCGUCUGAUGUUCUCAAGCUUUUACAGUCACUCUUGUUAAUUAUCCAGUCAAGGGGUGCUGUAUUGGCUUGUGCCCUUCCCUGGUUGCGAAAUUUGCUUCUUCAACACGCUAGUGGAAUAAUGUCUCAAGAAUCCUCUUUGCUUGUACUCAACUCUUUAUAUCAGCUUAUUGAUGCCAGACUUUCAACUCUCCACCAAGCUCUUCAGCUAUCAAGCUCCUUAGAAUUGCUUUAUGCAGGGACUAUUGAUGAUGGUGAUGAGGAAGAUGGUGCCAUACAGCCUAUCAUCUUUGAAGAUGAAAGUGAUGAGGAGGGUUCUGAAGUUGCUAUGGAAACAGAAAGCAACCCAGAUGUCGAGGAACCAGAGGCUUUUAGUGACAUUAGUGAUCACGAAUUGAGUGACGGCAUGAGCGAGUGAGUUGUAACCACAGAGAAUUCAGCCAGUUUUACGAGAAUGCAAUUUUCGGACAAAUGUGCAGUCCGAGAAAAUGGGCAGCGGAUCCAAAUGGGAAGUCUUGAGUGAGAGAUGAAGAUGAGGUGAUAGGGACCAGACGGGAGAAGAUCUGUAACCUGAAAAUUUUGUUUUUUAAAUUAUAGAGAAUAUCAUCUGAUUUUGAGGCUUCGGAGAGGGCUUUUGGUGGUUAUCUACUCGCCAUGUACUGUUGUAUGCAUAUAGGCGUAGAUGAAAUUAAAGCUGUAUUCUUUCUUUCCCUCUUCUGUAAGCAACGUUGUACUUUAUUUUAGCGGAGAUAGAAAAUCAGUGCGAUCAUGCUCCCUCUUUUUAUUAA